CCCAGUGGAGUGAGAGAAGGGUCGCGCGAGAGUCGUAGGUGGAGUUGGUGGGCGCUAUGCUGUCACCCGAGGCUGAGCGAGUACUGCGGUACUUGGUAGAGGUGGAGGAGCUCGCUGAAGAGGUGCUGGCGGACAAGCGGCAGAUCGUGGACCUGGACACUAAAAGGAAUCAGAAUCGAGAGGGGCUAAGGGCCCUGCAGAAGGAUCUCAACCCCUCUGAAGAUGUGAUGGUUUGCUUUGGGAGCAUGUUUAUCAAGAUGCCUCAUCCUGAAACAAAGGAAAUGAUUGAAAAAGAUCAAGAUCAACUGGAUAAAGAAAUAGAAAAACUCCGGAAACAACUUAAAGUGAAGGUCAACCGCCUUUUUGAAGCCCAAGGCAAACCAGAGCUGAAGGGUUUUAAUUUGAACCCCCUCAACCAAGAUGAGCUUAAAGCUCUCAAGGUCAUCUUGAAAGGAUGAGACUCAAGAACCAAGAUGGGGGACCAGUGACCAGCAACCCCCACAGGGUCAUGGAGGACCCAAGACCCUCCAACCUUGACACCUGUAAGGACAGUAUCUGCCCUGUAAGGGGACAGGCAUCAGGACUCUGGCCAUGAAAACCUCUUUGUCUGUAGUGCUUGGCUGCUCUGUGACGGCAGGAGGGAACCCUCAGCCUGUCUGGCUGCUGGACCUGGACACCAGGGCACAGUGCACACAAGACCUAUUGAUGGGCCCUGGCAGCCAUGAGUGGGUGUGUGGAGCCGUGGCUGUGGGGGUGUGUGAAUGACUGCAGCAGGCACUUCUCAACAAUAGCCUGCUGUUCACAAGGACCCUGAGCAGGGAGGGAGUGAGGGAGGGAGCAGAGUGGAGCUUCAUUCCAGCAUUCCUCUCAGAAGGGAGGGAGGUUUUCAGGCAGAUGCCAUGAGGUGGGAAUAAAGCAGGAGGCUCAUGCGUGGAUGCUGAAUGAAGAACAGAAUCUUGGUGCUUUCUGGUUCAGCACCGUACCUGUGUGUGUGCCCCACAGAUGGCUGCCAGCUCCAUUUCUGCCCUUUUUCCCUGCUUGAUUCCAAGAGUAGGUGCUGCCUAGCAGCCCUUUGUGGCCACUCUUUCGUCAGGACACCCUGCAGAGUCCUGCACCAGGCCUGCAUGAGUGGGUGCUCCUCCUACCUUGUGACACUUGUCAAGAGUGCCCCUGCACCCCCUCUGAAAGUGGGGGCUGGCUAGUGCUGCUUAGUACUGUCUACCUUUAGUGGUAUGAAUCGCAUGAAGUCAAAACUCGUGUGUGUUCAUUAAGGGCUCAAUAAAGGUUAGCUGAAUGAAUAAAUAGCAACUAGUCUACUCGCCUCAUCUAGUCCUUCAGUAAGGGCAUGCUGCUCCAUUUAGAAUACCACCUAUGAAUGUGGUUCUUACCUUCAAAUGAACCUGUGGUUUGACAGGCAGGUGAAAACAAAUGGCAGCAUGGCAGGGGCACACCUCUCCUGGUCCCCUCACUCCUUUGCUCGGGCUCAUAGUUACAUAGAAACACAGGCUGUCGUGGCCAUUUCUUACAUUUUUUUUCAAAAGAAGCUAGACAUUCAGGUUGUGAAGUUGAUUAGAAAUUACUGUGUGUUUUCCCUGCAAUCUCUUUUAAGAAGUAGGUGGGUGGAAUUGGAAACCAACUAUGUCCAUCCACGGGGGACUAGUUAAAGGAAUCGGUAGCUCCAGGUAGGGGAGUACCAUACAACUACAAUCAAGAAUAAGGAACAAGCUGCAAGACACAUCAAGUGAGAAAAGCAAGGGGAAGGUAGGUGUCUUAUAAGCUAAUAAUGUGUGUGCAAAUGCAAUGUGAUUCCCUCAGAACAGCAUCUGCAGGGUUGGGGCACAGAGGUGGGAGGGGAGAUUUCAUCCUAAACCCUUUUGUAAAUUUUGCGUUUUAAACCAUAUGAAUAUAAUGCUUAUUUUAAAAUGUAAACAAAGUAGGGAGUUUCAGAAUUCACCUUGCUAGAUGUUCUCCAGUGUAACUGCCUGGUUCACAAUUUCACCAUUGGAAAAUUGCCCCUUCCUGCCUGGCAGGGUGGGUGCUGGGCCAAAGAGAGCGAAUUGCAUUGCUUCUCCUGGAAGUAGGGAACCUGGAGCCCAUGCAUGGACCUGACUGGGUUUGCGUCAGUCACAAGGAUGGACGGGAGAAAUCCUCAUGCUCUGAAGGCAGGAGGUCCAGAGUAGCCUGGCUUCUGGCCUUCCUAAAGUCGGCUGGUUCACUUCUUGGAUUUGCCAGUAUUUUCUUUCCAAAAACCUUCCCUUUUGGCUUACCCUAGGCAGUUGCAUUCCACCAUUUGCAGCCAGAGAACUACUCUGAAGCAGGGUGAGUGGUAGAGGGAGUGAGUGAAUCCCCCGGAGCAGUUCAUCAGCCCCAACGUUGCAACCCCUCAUAAGCCAAGAGGAGGCUUAGGAAUGUAGGAUGUGAACAUGCAGAGGUUUUUACUCACACUCAACUCCCCAGGCUGUAUUGCCCAUGAGCCCAAUGUUUUCUGGUUUCUGGCUCAGCUCCCAAUCUCAAACAAGGUGUAGAGAAGUACUUAAGUCACCCCUCUGACUUAGAUAAAUGCACCUUUGCAGAGACUCUCACUAAGCUCUGCCUUGGUCUGUCUUGUCCGAGAAAUGGGGAUGUUCUGGCCCACUGUUUUUCAGAUGAUGGUCAGGGAGCCCCAUGGGUUCCGCUGACAUGCAAGGUCAGGGUAGGAGAGGAUGUGUUUAGGGCUCAGUACUUCCCUAGAUCCCCAAUAAGUACAUCAUCUACUGCUCGCUUUGCAAGCACAGCUUAAAGACAAGUUCCUUAACCUCCAAACUAGCUCCUAAACGACCUUUUCAACAUUGACUUGAGAGGCAUCCAAUUGUCAAAGCCAGGAGGACUUGGCUCCAGCCAACAGUAUCCCCUGAGCCAGGCCUGGGGCCCAGUGACUUCAAGUAGGGCUUGUGCUUAUUUAUUAGAUAUGACCUCUCAUGGGUAGCAGAACUUGCUGUAUUUGUUCUCUUUGGGCCCAGUUGCCAAGUCAGUCUGUCAAGGUUAAAACCCCUCCAGUCCCAGGGAUUGGCUGUCUCCUGGUGCAAAGAUGCCUGGGGACGGGCUGGAGGUAUCCAAGGGGCCUAAUUCAAGUAGGAAGCUGCAGUUGCUAAGCCAGCAAAGCUGGUGCCAGGCUGGAGGUGGGGAGGCGAGUGCUGUGAGGUGCUGGGAUCUGGGAAUCAGGGAGGCCUGGGUGGUACCUGCCAAGGCUGAUUUCCUUCUGGCAGCUGGGGAUCAACUGGAAGCUUUCUUCUGGACUUGAAGGGAGCAGAAGAGCUGCCUCAGCUGUUUUUUCCGAUCGUUGACGCAGCCUGGAAAGGAAGUGGGGUGUUGGCUGGAAUGACCUGUGCUUGGGAGAAGUUGAGUGCACUCCCUGCUGGCAAGAGGGGACAGCAGGCGUCGGGCAAUCACACACAGCCUGUGGUUUAUACUCUGGCUCCAUUCCUGAACUGCCAUGGCCCUCAAGCAGAUCAUUUACCCUUUUCAGCAUGAGUCUUCUCAUCUGUAAACCAGGAUACUACUGCCCACCUUAUGGAGUGAACAUGAGGACUGGGGGCUUACCUCAAGCCGGAGACUGCUCCAGAUGCUGAAUGUGGAUGGAUUUGUUUAGCCCUCAUGGGAAUGACGUGUAGAAGAGAAAAUGGGCUCAGAGAGGUUAAAUCAUUUGAGCCCAGGCUACCUGGUGCCAGAGCCACACUCUUAACCACUACCCCACACUGUCACUCCUGGCUUUGCUCAGUGAAAAUGCAUUUAAAGCUAGCACCAUGCCUAGUACCUCAUAGCUGCCCAGUACAGCCUCAUGGAAGUAUGUCCCAGGCAGUCCGUACUGAAGCUGCUGUGAGCUGCUGAGACGUUAAUUUCAGGACAUUCAUGGUGCUACAUGUUGGAUGUUUGCUCUCAGAGCUGAUCCUUGAGGUGACUCUGUGGUCAUUUAAUCUCAUGCCAGGCACAUUGAUGGCACUCAGAAAUGCUUGAAUGACUGAAAUCUCUGUGGCCACUAGUACUGACCUGGGGCUAUCUGCCAUGUUUCACAUCCCCCCAAAACUUGUCCCUGCUUCCCAGGCACGCACUCACUCAGCCAUUCACCGAACUGAGACCUUACUAUGCACAUCCCUCAGGAUUUUCCAGUGAGUUCCAUGCAGCCCAAACUUAAACUGUAUUUCGCUCAUUCAUAACUCCCAAUUCUCGUCCAGUGCAAACUUCUUGGAGUUCUAGACUCAUCUCUUGAGUUAUCUGCUGACCCUUUCACCUGGAUGUCCCUAACUCAGUUCAUCAGUACUCUUCCUAGCCAGCUACCCUUGUGUUUAUCACCAUGAACCCAAACACUUGAAACAAAUAGUUCUAGAGACCUCUAAAAGCACUGGCUGUCCUAGCCUGGUCAACAUAGCGAGACUUUGUCUCUAUGGGAAAAAACACCCACUCACAAAUAAAAUUAGCCAGGUGUGGUGUGUGCCUGUAGACCUAGCUACUUGGGAGGCUGAGGCAGGAAGAUUGCUCGAGCCUGGGAGUUUGGAGUUAGUUGCAGUGAGCUAUGAUCGCACACUGCACUCCAUCCUGGGUGACACAGCAAGACGCUGUCUCUAAAAAAUAAUAAUAAAACAGUGGCUCUCAACUUGGGCUGCAUAUUGGAAUCACCUGGGAGCUUUAAAAGCUACUGAUGCCCCCACACCAACCAUCUCUUUAUCUGGCAGGCAUCAGUGGUCUUUAAAGCUCCGAGGUGAUUCCAAUAUUCGGCCAAGGUAGAGAACCGCCGCUCUCCAUCUUUGCUACUCGAAUGGGGGUCCAGGAAAUAAUGUGCAUUGAUAUCUGAGGUGCACUGUUAGCAAAGAUGGCUGCAACAAUUCCAUUCCUAUAUGCACACCUCUGUGCAACGUGACUUGGCUAAUCCUCUCAACAGGUGGAGUCUAUUUUCUUACCUAGUGACUGGGCUAGACCAGAAAAUUGCUUUGACUCUAGCAGAAUGACUUAUGGGACUUCUGAGUCUGGGAAGCAAAAGGCUUUGCAGUGUCUUUUCUCAGCUUAGAACCCCGAGUCUACCACGUGAAGAAGCCAGGGCUAGACUGCUGGAAGAUGACUGGCCAUGUGGAAAGAGAGGCCCAACUGACAGCCAGUAUCAACUCCCCACACCUAUGAAUGAGGCUGUGGUAGGCCAUCAAGUCUCAGUAAAUCUGCCAGGUGCCUGCAGCCCUAUGAGUGACCCCAGUAGAGACCUGAAGAAACACGAGCAAAUAAGUAGUAGUUUUAAGCUGCUAGGUUUGGGGAGGGCUUAUUACACAGCAAUGGUUAAUCAAUAGAGCGUCACGCAGGAACUUGUUGGAAAUACCAUCAUAGGCCCCACCCUAGAACUAGAGUCACAAUCUGUAGUUUAACAAGGUUUCCAAGUGAUUGUAUGCCCAUUAAGAGUGUUGUUUAGUCAUCCAGAGCCUUACACAUUUAGAAAACUCAACAGCCCAUAGAAAAAUGGAAAAAUGGUAUGGACAGCUUACAAAAGAAGAAAUGCAAAUACAAAAAAAAUGAAACCUCACCAGUAAUCAAUGGAAUGCACAUAAAACAACAAUGAGUCAGUAUGUUUUGCCUCACCAGUUGGCACAGAUUUUUCUGAAAAUUCACAUCUGGCAAAUUAAUAUACUCUUUCUGGAAAGCAGUUCGGUUGUAAUAAGCCCAUCCCUUUGGCCCAAUAAUUGUACUUCUAGGAAUCUGUCCUCAGGAAAUGGCCAGAAUCUCAGCCAAGCUUACUGUGAAAGGGUGUUCAUCAUGGUAUUAGUUAUAAAGGUAGCACAUGCAGUUGUGCUGAAUGUCCAGUCAUAAGAAAUUGCUUUAGUACAUUUUGGAAUAUGCACAAACUGAAAGAUUUUGCAGCCAUAUGGUAAUUUUUUUUUUUUUUAACUCUGCCAAGAGGCAGGAGAGUCUAGCAGUCAAGCACUCAGGUUUUGGAGCCAGGCAGAUGGGACUUUGCAGCACGGCUCACCGCUUAUGACCAAGACCUUCAUUCAGCAAGUUACACAGCACCUGGAGAUCAUUUCCUCAUCUGUAAAAUGACAAUGCAAGCUGCUGAAAGAUAACAUGAGAUAAUGUACGUAAAAGAUUUCAUAUGGACUGGACCAAAAAGUGCAUUCAAGAGGGAGGCUCUUAUUAAUAUGCUUGAAUGAAAAAUGCCACGUGGGAAAGUGGGACUUGAAACUCUAGCCCAAUGCCAAUUUUAUAAAAGAAAAAGUAUGAAUAUAUGUAUUUUUUAAGAACUGGAAGGAAAUACACCAGAUUGUUAAAGAUG